GGACUAUUAGGUAGAGGAAUAAGCAGCAACCUAUUUGGAGUGUUGAAACAUGAUGCAGCUCAGGCAGUUGGAGAUGCCUUUGCAGAAAAGGCAUCAAUACCGUACAGUUCUGAGCAACCCAGUUUUAGGGUUAAAGGGACAGCUAUUGAGCAUCCAUGCUCCAACGUUGAAGAACUGGCAGCUGAAGUGAAGGGAUUGCAGUUAGGACGAGCAUUGCUGGGAAGGAGCAGAGCUUUCCAUCAUUCGCCAAUCCUUUCACCCGGAGCCAGGAGAUUUACUCUCAGCAAGGCUGUCGCUGGAACACUAGAGAAGGGGAGUCAAGGGGAGCCAGCCUUGAAGAAGGGGUCAUCAGGAACAUCUAUACCUCUGGCAGUAAACCUUACCAAAAUACAUUGUCAAAAUGAGGCAGUUUAUCAGUACCACGUCACCUUCAGUCCUAAUAUAGAAUGUCGCAAUAUUCGCUAUGGAAUGUUGAAGGAGCAUCAGCCGGUUACCGGCAAAACUACGGCUUUUGAUGGCAGCAUCCUCUAUCUGCCUGUCAGACUGCCUGAGGUGGUGGCUCUGAAAUCACAAAGAAAAACUGAUGGCAUGGAAGUGGACAUCAAGAUUCAAUUGACCAAGAUUCUCCAACCAAACUCUGACCUCUGCAUCUCCUACUAUAAUGUGGUAUUAAGAAGAGCUAUGAGGCUUUUGGAAUUAAAAUUAGUCGGACGAAAUUUCUAUGACCCAACAAGCGCGAUUGUUCUUCCUCAGUACAGGUUGCAGAUAUGGCCAGGAUACUCUGCAAGCAUUCGAAGAACAGAUGGAGGAUUAAUGUUACUUGUUGAUGUGUCCCAUAAAGUAAUUCGCAAUGACUCUGUCAUUGAUAUUAUGCAGGCUAUAUACCAAAAGAGCAGUGAAAAUUUCCAGGAUGACUGUACAAAGCAGUUAGUGGGCAGCAUUAUCAUGACCAAGUAUAAUAAUCGCACGUACCGCAUUGAUGACAUAGACUGGGACAAAGCGCCAACAAGCUACUUCCAGAUGGCAAAUGGCAGAGAGAUUACCUUCUGUGACUACUACAGUCAAGCCUAUGGGAUUACCAUUCAGGAUUUGAACCAGCCUCUCCUUGUAUAUCGACCUAAACAGAAGUAUGGACCACAGGGACAGCCUAUCCACAGUGAGAUUCUCCUUGUACCUGAGCUGUCUUUCAUGACUGGGAUCCCUGAUCAGAUGAGGAAGGAUUUCCGUGCAAUGAGGGACCUGGCUGUGCAGAUCAACCUGACUCCAGAACAACACCAUAUGGCUUUACGAAAGUUGCUGAACAACAUCAAGAAAAAUGCCAUUGUCCAAGAAGAACUGGCACACUGGGGGCUUAUCAUAGAUGAAGAUAUUUAUAAGACGGAAGGAAGAAUCUUACCUCCAGAAAAGAUCAUAGUACGGUACAAAUCGUUUCCAAGUGGGACUGAUGUUAACUGGUCGAGAGAGGUUGCACGAGAGAAAGUGAUAUCAGCGGCCAUGCUACACUGCUGGGCUCUCUUGUACACCAAGCAGAGUGCAACACAUGCCAAGGAUCUAGUCAGCUUCAUGUCAAAGGUGGCAGAACCCAUUGGAAUGACAUUCCAGCAGCCUGCAUACAUCGAGCUGAAGGACGAUCGCACCCAGACUUAUGUCCGAACUCUCCAAUCCUACCUGGGGAGUAAUGGUUCAGUGAAGCUUGUGGUAUGCAUAGUGACAGGCAACCGUGAAGACCUGUAUCAUGCCAUUAAGAAACUCUGCUGUGUGCAAUCUCCUGUCUCCUCACAGGUGAUUAAUGUGAGGACAGUCUCUCAGACUGUUAGGAUGAGAAGCAUCUGUCAAAAGAUCCUGCUGCAGAUAAAUUGCAAAUUGGGUGGAGAGCUAUGGGGUGUGGACAUACCGCUGAAACAGCUGAUGGUGAUAGGAAUGGAUGUGUACCACGACCCUGUCAGGGGGAAGCAGUCUGUUGUUGGAUUUGUUGCCAGCAUGAAUAAGGCAAUGACCAAGUGGUUUUCGAAGGUUGCAUUUCAGUUGCCCAAUCAGGAAAUCAUUGAUGGAUUAAAGAUUUGCAUGGUGGCAUCCCUGAAAAAGUACUAUGAGAUAAACCACUGUCUCCCUGAGAAGAUUGCUGUGUACCGCGAUGGAGUGUCUGAUGGCCAGCUCAACACUGUGACAGACUAUGAGCUUCCUCAGCUCCUAAAGUGCUUUGAGGUGUUCAGUGACUAUCACCCAAAAAUGAUGGUGAUAGUGGUGCAGAAGAGGAUCAGCACUAACCUGUAUGCAAAGGCAGCAUCGGGCAGGCUUGAGGUGCCACCACCUGGAACUGUGAUGGACCAUACUGUCACCAGCAGGGAAUGGACUGACUUCUUCCUGUUAGCCCAUACUAUUCGUCAAGGCUGUGGAAUCCCAACACACUAUAUCUGUGUGUACAACAGUCUCAAGCUCAGCCCUGACCACAUGCAGAGGCUCACCUUCAAACUCUGUCACUUGUACUGGAACUGGUCAGGCACAAUCCGUGUGCCUGCACCCUGCAAGUAUGCCCACAAACUGGCAUUUCUCUGUGGCCAGUCUCUGCACCAGGAGCCAGCUGCCCUUCUCUCCGAACUACUCUUCUAUCUAUGAGGCUGUCAGGAAAUGCCUUUUCAGACCCAGACAGGAAAAACUAUGGGCAUAGUGGCUGGGUAAGGGACCAUUGGAAGUGAGAGUGGCUUUCCAGGGAGAUCUUCUCAAAAUGGGAGCCCUUAUCACAAUUGGGCAGAUUUAUUUCCCCUGAGACUUUAAUUAUUACAACAACAGAGGAAUUCUCUUAUUGAAGCAUUUUUUUGGUUUGUUUUCCAAGUGACGUGUCAUUAACAUGCAGUGAGCUGCUGAAACAAGCAAAACUACAAAUGGCUAGGGCUGAUUUGAUUUGUACGUUUUGUUCAGUGUAUUAUUUAAUUUGUUUUAUGAGUUUGUACCUUUCAAACCAAGUGCUGGCAAUGACCCAUUUCUCCCAUACCCUGACCUUUCAGGAAAUUUCUUAUGUGGGCUUGACACAGAAUAAUGUGGCUUGUAUCAUUGUGCACUUGAUAUUUUGUUUUGAGAGAGGUUAUGUAAUUUGAAGACACAGUAGAGUAGCUUUAAUCAAAUUCUGGUUGAAAGAUGGAUCAAAGAAGGUGCGAAUGGAAAUAGAAGAAUUGAUUCCAAAUAGUUACCAUGUUCUGAAUAAAUGUUCGUGAUUGCCCAAUUCCACUAAUGGCUGCAGUUUCAGAACUGAGAGUCACCACUGUAAUUUGAUGGGGUAUCAUCUUUGCCCUAUGAAACUCUUCUAUUGAGGAGCAAAGAGCAUUCUGUUUAACAACAAUAAAAACAGAAAAUGUUUGUGACAUCCAGUAUGUCUGGUAGUACCUGCAUCUCUCCAGAGACUCAACUUUUCAGAACAACUUUCCUCUUUGUAGAUGAUUCCUGUUCAGCAGUUUAUUUUUAUCUGACCUGCAGGACAAGCAUACAGUAGUCCACCUAGCCUGUCUCUCUCAACCCUGAUAGUCCGUAGUAAAGACAGUCACCAGUCUGGAAGUCAUGGAUCUCCCUGGAAGGGCAAUACAAGAAAACCCCAGGUCAAUGCACGAAAAGAAAAAUUCUACUCUUUCCUCCUUUGAUUGGAUCCAGUUGACAUUAUUGUGACUUUGAUUAAUGCGAUUCAACACCUACUCCAGUGCAAGUUGACCUCCAGCCCAACUGAAGGAAUCCAGUUAGCUAGUAUUCACACAAUGAAGCAAAGUUUCACUAUUCUAAUGAAAAGGAGAACCUAAAGGUCCGAGUCAUUCCUGUUUUAAUUUAAUUCAGUGGAGAUAUUUAUUGCAGCCAGAUUGAUGUGAAAGAGACAGGUUAUUUGGGCCAAAUAGGUUUUCUGUACUUCUGACAUGAAAAGUUCCAAAGCUGCUGCAUGAGAGCUACUUAUUGAAAAACUCAGCAAAAAAAGGCAAAAUUUCAUUCCCAUUUCCUCGACCUGUUGUUGAGUCUUCAGAGGAGUUUUCUGUUUU